AAUCAUCAUCCUCAAUUUUGUUUGGUUUAUCAAGGAUCUCUCCAAGAGUGAGUUUGCUAAUUUUUGGGCCAAUUGUGAAGCAUCUAAGUCAACUUUGAUUGGAAAAUUUUGCGCCUCUUGAUUUGGGAUUUCGGUUUGAUUAUACAGUAACAGAAUUGUGAGAAAGAGAAACCCGGGUUGUUUUGAUUGAGAGUGUUUGUGCUCUGGACAAUUUGUGUAUGAUUGAGAGGGGAUAUGGCAGCAGGUAUGGAUUUUUCUCCUCCAUUUACCAGAGCAGAAGGUGGGUACAGUAAGGAUAAUGUAUCAGCCAGGGAAAAUGAGAAUCCUGAGAAUUUAGAUCAUAUGAAACAAACAACAAAUGGGAAACCUCCAAGGUGUAUCUCUGUGAUUCGGCAUUGUGUGAGCUCUACAAAGCUGCUGCAGGCCACUGAUGUGGAAUUGGAUAUUGGAAUCAUUAUCAAGAAGUCGCCUUUAGAUACAAAUACAGAAUUUUUACCUGUGUUCCGAUCAGGAAGCUGUGCUGAAAGAGGGCCCAAACAGUACAUGGAGGAUGAACACAUAUGCAUAGACAACCUUACAGAACAUCUGCAUGCAACAGCAGACUUUCCUUCCCUUGGAGCUUUCUAUGGGGUGUUUGAUGGCCAUGGUGGUACAGAUGCGGCAUUGUUUGUUAGAAAUAACAUCCUUAGAUACAUAAUUGAGGACUCACAUUUUCCAGCAUGUGUAGAGAAGGCGAUUAAGUGUGCUUUUGUGAAAGCGGAUCAUGCAUUUGCAGAUGAUGGUACUCUUGAUAUCUCAUCCGGCACGACUGCUUUAACUGCCCUUAUUUUUGGAAGGACAUUGAUUAUUGCUAAUGCUGGUGAUUGUCGUGCUGUGCUUGGGAGGCGAGGUAGAGCAAUUGAGAUGUCCAAAGACCACAAACCAAAUUGUACAUCCGAAAAGCUAAGAAUCGAGAAACUUGGUGGUGUUGUUUAUGAUGGCUACCUCAAUGGUCAAUUAUCAGUGGCACGCGCCCUCGGUGAUUGGCAUAUGAAGGGACCCAGAGGUUCUGCUUGCCCAUUAAGUGCUGAGCCAGAAUUGCAAGAGAUGCAUUUGACUGAGGAUGACGAGUUCUUAAUAAUGGGUUGCGAUGGCCUAUGGGAUGUAAUGAGCAGCCAGUGUGCUGUGACAAUGACAAGGAAAGAGUUGAUGCUCCAUAAUGAUCCUGAAAGAUGCUCAAGAGAGCUGGUAAGGGAGGCACUGAAACGCAACACUUGUGAUAAUCUCACUGUAAUUGUCAUUUGUUUCUCCUCUGAACCACCCCCUCGGAUAGAGAUCCCUCCAACCCGAGUUCGGAGGAGCAUAUCCGCUGAAGGGUUGAAUUUACUCAAAGGUGUAUUGGACAGCAACUCAUGAAGAAAAGGGCAAUGAUCAGAGGAGAAAAGGGCAAUGGUCAGAGAAGGAGCAUCAAAAUACAUCGCAUGUUACAAUUGGCGAGGACAUUUUUUGGCCGAAGAUGCUGCCUUCCCAUGGUGAUUGGCCUCAUGGCUGACAGUCAGUGAUCAUACAAUUCUUUUGAGUUAACAAGAUCUUGUAUAUCUGAGUAUAUUUAUGUUGUUGUACCAAUGUCAAGGACUUUUCCCACUUUUUCUGAUUACCAGGACCACUGUCAUAAUUCUAUCUCCGGUGUACAUAAUUUGACAGUUGAGAAGUAAGUUCCCUUGUUCAUUGAAAUAGUCGACUUUUCCAUUGAUCAAUCAUUAGAUCAAUUGAUA